CGUACAGCCUGCGAUAUCGAGGAUCGGCGGUGCAGAGAGGAGGAAUUACUCAAGCUCUCCAGGCCCAGGUACAGAACUGUUGUGAUUGGAGGCAAACAGCACACGAAACCACUGACAGCCGAGUGCGCACACCCGCGCCCGGUCACGUCGCGAUCGCCAGCAUGGCGAGUGUCAUGGAAACUUUCAAUGCCUCGGCAACACACCACCCAAACACCAUCCACGCGACUAUCGAUUCGCUGCAAACCGGUUUCGUCAGCAAAGCCUUCGACAAUUUCACGCCGGUGAGCUGGUUUGGCGUGUUUUUGACCAUCUUCCUGGCAGCCAUAGUUUACGACCAGUUAUCAUAUUGGCAACACAAGGGCCCAUUGGCAGGAGACGCGUGGAAAAUCCCUUUCGUUGGACCGUUCCUUGAAAGUGUCAACCCCAAGUUCUCCGCAUACCAUACCAAAUGGCUCUCUGGUCCGCUUUCCUGCGUGUCCGUCUUCCACAAAUUUGUCGUCAUCGCAGCCACUCGCGACAUGGCCCGCAAGGUCCUGAACAGCCCGAUGUACGUCAAGCCAUGCGUGGUGGAUGUAGCGCAUAAACUCUUGCGUCCAGAGAAUUGGGUGUUCUUGGAUGGAAAGGAGCAUGUUGAAUAUCGCAAGGGUCUCAAUGGCUUGUUCACUAGGCAGGCGCUGGAGAACUACCUGCCAGGUCAAGAGGAGGUCUACAACGAGUACUUCGAGGACUUCCUGCGCGAAAGCGAGGCAGCAGGCGAGCCAAAGCCAUGGGUGUACCAGCUUCGUGAGAUCAUGUGUGCUGUGUCUUGCCGUACCUUCGUUGGACACUACAUGAGCCGGGAACAAGUCAAGCGCAUUGCGGACGAUUACUAUUUGAUCACCGCAGCUCUUGAGCUGGUCAACUUCCCCAUCAUUCUUCCAUUCACCAAGACUUGGUACGGAAAGAAAUGCGCCGACAAAGUGCUCGAGGCCUUCUCCAACUGCGCUGCCAAGUCCAAAGUCAGAAUGAGGCAGAAGGGUGCUCAGCCGGAGUGUAUUAUGGAUCGCUGGGUGAUGCAAAUGAUUGCUUCUGAGCGAUACCGAGAGCGCAUUGCAAAGGGCGAGAAGGUGCCAGAUGAGGAGAAGCCACCAAUGCUGCUAAGGAACUUCACAGAUUUGGAGAUCUCCAUGACUGUCUUCACCUUCCUCUUCGCCUCCCAAGAUGCGACAUCAAGCGCCUGCUCGUGGAUGCUUCAGGUCGUGGCAGAUCGCCCAGAUGUCAUGCAGAAGGUGCGGGAAGAAGGCGACAGACUACACCCAAAUCCAAAUGAGCCAAUCAGCCUGGAAAUUCUUGAGAGCAUGCAAUAUACGAGAGCAGUUGUCAAGGAAACCCUUCGUUACCGCCCACCAGUCCUCAUGGUUCCAUACCUUGUCAAAAAGGACUUCCCAAUCCCAGAAGCCAAUUACGUUGCAAAGAAGGGCAGUAUGAUUGUCCCAUCGACUUGGCUUUCGCUUCACGACCCAGACGUCUACGAGCAACCCGACGAGUUCGUUCCCGAACGAUGGACGAUCGGCGAUGCAGAGGAGAAGGGCAACAAGAACUGGCUCGUCUUCGGUACUGGUCCACACUACUGUCUUGGCCAGACGUACGCUACACUCAACCUCAUGCUCAUGUUGCACAAGUUCAGCGCCAGCUAUGACUGGAAGCACACCAAGACUCCAACUAGCGAGGAGAUCAAGGUCUUCGCAACCAUUUUCCCUAUGGAUGACUUAUUGCUCACCAUCCGACGGCGUGAGGGUGUCGCCACUGCAUGAGCGUUGUUUUUGAAAAGGCUGCCGAUUUCCCGUUGAGGCGUUUCACAGUGCGCCUAGCGGAGGUCAUGCAUUGGGGCGGAAGCGUGAGAUACCUCCUGCUAUAAGCAUAAAUGCUAGCAGACCGUAAUUGAAGUUUCUAAUACAUUCCAGAGAUAUACUCGUGAUCACCGCCUCAUUAUAUGAAUUGGGGGACUCUUGCUGCGUCCCAACCGCGUUUCUCGGGGCAGCUGGGUCGAGCAGUCCAUCACAGGAAGCGCAGCUUGGGCGAGAAAUGGCCUCAGCCUCCAGUAGCUUGCUGUCCUGACUGCUAUUCUGACAGCCGCAGAGCUUCCUCGUCACAACUAAGGACAGAAGCAGAGUUCUGGGGAUGCGUGGCUUGGAGGGCGCUCGCUCCUGGUAUUGUCCAGACUGCCCAUUGCCGUGGCGCAGGAUCUUGAAUGCAGCUUCUGAAGUCACACGACCAUUUUUUUCCCCAGAGCAUCUGAGUAGACCCAGAACCCUUUGCAAUUGGUGCUCGUCCGCCAGCCCUAUUCUGUAGGUCAACUCGCGCUGCCUGAGUUACUCAUUGAUCAACUCCCUCACACCCUUCACCCAAAACUCAAACUCAUAGGAUCCAUACCCGGCAUCGUCCUAUGAGAAACAUGCAACCACCGUCCCUCAAUCAAAUGAUACUCCAAAUGCGUCACAUUCCUCUGCGCAACACCACUCCAAUCCCCCGUGACCUCCAUAUUCGCGAAAAUCUCCGCCCUUCCUUUCCCCUCAUCCACCGUCGUCGUGAAAUCUAUGAUGCGCAGUCUGAAGUCGGGAGACAUUGCGACUUUUUUCUUUAUCGAGUCGACGAAGCCUUGGACUGAGAGUUUUUUCACCGAGAGAGUUGCUGUUGUGGAUGCUUCCCAGUAUGUGGCUUUGUUUUGGAAGAGUGCCGAGGAGGGGCUCCAGUCUCGGUCGUUUACUGCGUCGACGUCGGCUAUGGACAUUGUUUCUAGGAGUUUGGAGAUGCGGUAGAGUCGUUCUUUUGGCGUUUCUUGGAUGUAGAUGUGUUGUUGUUGUUGGGGUGGUGGCUGUUGUUGGUCAUCUUGGUCCUUGCAGUCUUUGGGCGAUGGGGAAUCAAAGCUCUUGGGCGUGGGGAGUUGGUUCAUUGGUGCCUUUGAAGUACUGGACUGCUAUGGUAUGACGAGAGAAAAGUUUAUGCUUUUGUUGUAUGUCUUCGAAUCAUCUGGUGGCGUCGGCGUCGUUCAACUUCAUGCAUCAGAUCGGCUGUUCCUGUGAGGAAGUUUCAUGGUGCUUCUGAGGUCUUCGGGUGAUUUGACUGUCCAC